AUGGUACGGCUUAAUGUUUCACAAAGCAAUCUUUAUUUUUUUCAGACCGACUACAACCGACACUUGGAAGAGCUGAUUGAAAGGACUGAGAAUCUUUUGAUUAACGCUUUGAGAAUUACACUCGUUAAGCAAAAUCAUCAAGUAUCCGAGCUUUACGAGCAGCUAGAAGGAAUAAAACAGCUAUCUAAUGAAGAGACUCUCACGACAACAAUGGCAAUUGAGACUAAAAACUUUUUACACCGUACUGAAGAACUCUUCAGACUAAUUUCUCGAAUGGAAAAACUGAAAACACUUGAAGCUUUUGAGAAGGUGGAGUUAACAUCGAUCAAUGAGAAACUACAAAAUCUAUCGAAGCUGGUGAAGCAAGACAACUGUCUCAAUGCAGGAGGAAAGUUUGAAUGGAUCGAUAGUGUGCUAGUAAAGUGUUUGCAAGAUGGUACGUGGCUCUUGAUAGAUCAAGUAAAUCUCUGCAGUCCAGCUGUGCUGGAUAGAUUAAACGGUUUACUUGAGCCUGGUGGUGUACUUACCAUUGGUGAGCGAGGUGUUGAUAAUGAUGGCAAUAUCCAUACAAUAAAACCUCACAGUAAUUUCCGUCUUUUCUUAACUAUGGAUUCACGUUAUGGAGAAAUAUCAAGAGCAAUGAGAAACAGAGGUGUUGAAAUAUUUUUGCUUGGCCACAAAGAAUGUCAAAGUGAAAAUGAGCUUGAUACAAAAUCAUUGAUGUUCGACUUGGGUUUGACACAAAAUAGUCAUCAAGAGGCAAUGUUAAACAUUCACCGUGAAAUAUUGAGUCAAAAGCUUUUAACAGAUAAACUCAGCACUAUUCAACUACUGCACUCGGCCUUUCUGAUUACUCAGCAAAUAUUAAGAGGAUUUGCUGUGAAAAAAGCAUUCACAACAGCCUGUGUGGACGUUUACAUAAAAUCACGAUACAUUCACAAUUCCAAGAUCAAACAUCAUAUAUUAUCGAUUAUAAAUAAUAUUAUUGAUCAGUAUAAUAUUACAGAUAAUGUUUCACCUACUAUUGAUCUACAUGCUAUUACGUGGAAUGUACGCGAUCUUCAAGAUAACGUUCGAUUGACAAUAAUAAAUCAGCAAGCUACGUUGUUAUUGUCGUUGAUUAAUAAAUAUUGCCAAGAUGUAUCAUUGAGUACCUCCACUACGGAAUUCCUGAAUAAAUAUCUCAAUCCAGAUGGAAAUAAAAAUCUUAUUGCCAUCGAUAUCAAGAAAAUCAUUCCCUAUUUACUUCUAACAUUCUUUGAAAAAUCUUCAACUAAAGAUUUUACACUGAGAAGCUCAUGGUUACUAGAACAGUUGCGUAAUUCACAUUCAGAUGAUUUGAUCUCAUCUAUAGAAUGUAAAAUAAAAGCAAUGACAGAAGAAAUUCAACAAACACAAAUUGAAAAAAAUCUAGAGAGCUCUUUACCUUGGUAUCGAUGCAUAUCAGACAACUCUGUAAAAUCUAAUCAAAAUAAUGCACAAUUAUUAUCAAUAAGACUUUAUUUGAAGAGUAUGGAUAUAAAAUAUCCCCAAACAUUAUCUGCAGUUGUCAACAAAAACAUUAUUACGUUAGAAAAAUACUCGGACAGAGUAUGUUCGAACGAUGAGCAGUGUAGCAGUGUAGCACCAAUUGCUACGUUUUUUGUACCUUUUCUUACUUUGGUAAACCGAUGGAUCAAUACUUAUUUUAAAGAUUUAUGUGAUUGCAGUAAUAAUAAUAAGUACAUUGAAUUGAGACAAGAUCUUCAAUGGUUCCGGCGUUUUUACGAGCAAGGCCAGUUAACGUUUAUAAAUAAAUUGCGGCGAGAAAAUGAAAAGAUAGAAAGUGAUCAUACAGAAAUGUUAUUGAAAGUUCAUUAUCGUUGGCUAAGAAAAUUACUAAUUAGAACAUUUGAAGAAUGCGAUGAUUUAGUAAGAAAUGAAAAUGAACAUACUAUUGAAUCGCUAAAAGAAUUUAUGUCUGAAUUUGAUGAUUAUCUACGUGAUCAACAGUCAUUUAAAAAAUUAACUAAAAAAGUUAAAGAGCAACUUAAUAUUCUUCAUCCUUUUACAUCUGAAGCAAUUAUUAAAUACUACAGAGAACUUGUUUCGAAUUCUGAAGAUCGUUUCUUGCCUAGAAAUACAGAAUUUAGUUAUCAGCUAAAUUUGGUAUUUCGUCAAUUAGAAGAAACUAAGAAUAUCAGAUUUGAAUUGACAAAACUCUGGGAAAAUAUCUUCAAUGAUGAAUUUAAUGAAGAAACGGCGAAAGAUGUUAUGACUAAAAUUGAAUUGUUAUUAGAGGAGUAUCAGUUAUUGAGUAGCUUCAAGAUAAAAGAAUUCACUGAAAAAAUUUUAUCAACUCAUUCAAAGAAAACUUUAAUUGAGAUGUCAUCGAAUGUCCAAUUAUGGCCCGUUUAUCAACAUACGUUUGUUAUUUUCGCACAUAAAUUACACUGUCAAUUAAAUGAAGCAUUUAACGGUAGUAUUACUAUUAAUAGUUCAUUAAUAAAUAAAUUUAACCACCUUUCUUGCGUGCCAGUGAACUUAAUAGCCGUGUUAUCGACUCUCAUAAAUAAAAGUGGUGAACGUGAGAACUGCGAACGAUUAUUGCCGGAGUUAUUCAGAUACCUCACUCAGUAUAAGGGUCGAAAUACUUACAACCAUUCCAAGUUCAUUAAUUACUUAAUGAGCGGAUUUGACGAGGAUUUAAAUUCUGGAGAAUUUAUUGAAUCGAACGAUAAAUUUAAUUACUGUGACAAUUAUCCAGUAUUAAUAAAUACUUUAUCGGAUUUACUUUUAUCAAAGAAUAGUAAAGAAAAUUUUAUUGUAUCGACGGCUCCAAUAGGAUUUUAUAAUACGCACAUUCAACAGAUAAGUACAAUAAAUAGUAUGCUGUGGCGUAAUAGUAUAUCUUUUAAUUCCGAUCAAUACAAUUUAAUAUUAAACGAUUGUAAAGCUUUUAAAUGUUAUGCUGACAUUUAUCUCACAGUUAUUGAUAAAGUUGAAAAAACUUAUGAUGUAUCUAAAUUGAUAACAUAUAAUGAUAAACAAAAUUCUCAGGGAAAUUGUGAAAAUAUAUAUGAAAUUUGUUAUAAAAAUCCUGUUGAGAAAAUGAAAUCAAUUAAAAGUAAUUGGGAUAAUGAAUGUAAUUACAAGACAGAAGCUUUUGAUAGAGGAAUGGGAUGGGUAUACUUAGGAUUCCAUCAAUAUUUCCUUUUCAGUCACUUAGGUUUUAUUGACCCAGUAUUGAAAACUGAAUUAAAGCUUAAAUAUAUAAACGAUGACAUUGAAGAUCUUGAGAAUUUAAUAUACGCAAAUACAUUAGAUUCUUAUCUACUUGAUGAUGAAGGUUGGAUGGGACAUGGAGGCGAAUCAUCUCGUGUUGCUAGUGCAAAAAAAUGUCUUGAUAUUUUAUACGACGUACAAGGUGAAUUAGCUAAAUCAACAGGUUAUCGAUCAUCGGAUGUACGCUUUGUUGAUUUAUCCAGAAAAAUGUCUCGUUUUAGAGAUGACAUUGGUACAGCCAAAAAUAUUAUCACAAGUUGUGAGAAUUUAUGUAAUAUAAUAGUAAACAGUAUGAUGGGUAAUGGCUAUUUAAAUAAAUCAAAUGAAUUUGAAUUAACGACGGCCGUUAAUGUAUUAAUCAACCAAAAAAAUACAUGGCAAAGAUUUUAUAAGUCUUUAGAAAAGGAAUUUUUGCCAUAUUAUCGCGAACUAGUGUCUCCUAUUAUCAACGGAUUGAAUAAAAUUAUUCACGGUGGUAAUAUUUUAAUCAAAGAAGCUAAUCGCUUAAUUUCACGAGAAAAAACUAGCAUUGGUGUCGCCACAAAAAAAUUAUCAGCUCAAAAUUUAUUGUACAACUUGGUAAGAUUUCCUACUAUUGGUACUGAUCAAGAAAAUUUAUUAAAAUUAAUAGAUUUCCAUACAUCCCAAAACAGCAAAGAAUUUAUAAUGAAAUACGUCGGCAAAUCAGAUAAAUCAAAAUCUUACUUAGAAGUCUUUCGUGUAUUGAAAAGUAGUCUAUCAGAGCUUUACAAUCAUAUAACACUUACAAAACAGCUGUCAAAGCCUUUGUGGAAUAAACUGAAUGAGUUGCUUUCGCAAAUUUGCUUAGUAUGGAAAAAGCAACAAAUGGAAUUAGAGAAAGCAGCGGCAGAAUCUCAAAGCUUGUACAAAGGAAGCGUCAGUAUACAUUGUCAAACAUUAAGUGACGAAGAGGAAAUAAACCAACAGUUACGACAAUUAUUUCCUAUUACUCAAGAGUUUGAUGACAUUCAGGAAGUAAGGACGCUUGAGGCUCAAACUAAUUGUAAAGACUCUUCUAAAACUAUUGAUUCAUUUGUCAAUGUAAUAACAGAUGAUGACUUGGAAGAAGUAUAUAAAAUUCACUCUCUAAUUGUUAAGUCGUAUGCUUCUGCUUCGUGGUUGAAACAUUCAGAUUUUAUCAGAUUACCGAGCCGUAAUUAUAUCGAUCCAUUAAUCCAAAGAUAUCAUACAUUUGGAUUACUUCGUCCUGAAGUAGAACAAUCUUUUUCAGCAGACUUGUCUACGAAAUUACACACUAGUUUCAAUGUACUAGCAUCUUUUGCAGUGUCCACUAGUCUAGGAGAAAAUUACCACGUUAAUGAAAAUGAUGUGAAAAAUAAAAGUUACGACUUCUACAAGAAUAGUAAUAUCGAACAGGUCAAAAAGUGUGUACCGAUUCUUGUAGGUUUAACAGAAAUCGUUGAAGCUUAUCUGGUUGAAUGGCCCGGACAACCAACUUUAGAAUCAAUUCAAAUGAUAAUUACGAGAAUAAAUAACUUCCCGAUUACAUCAUCUGUAUCAAGAUUUUUGAUGGGACUUGAAAUUCUUUUGAGUAAAACACGCGAGUGGAAAGAAAUGUCUGCUCGUAAAGGUGAUCGAUUAGCUGAAUAUGCAUUGUCAUUGGAGCAACAAAUAAAAGAUUGGCGACGUCUUGAACUUGGCUGCUGGAAAGAUUGCUUAGACUCGACGUUUAAAAGAUUACAAGCUAAAGCGUCUAAAUGGUGGUUCUUCCUUUACUCUAUUGUAGAAUCGUACGUCAAUAAAACGUCGUUGAAAGCGGAAAUCCCCGAAGACGUCAAAGAAAAAUCUGGUGAUGAUGAUGAUGAUGAUAAUGAAAUUGUAACUGCUAAGAAGUUGAUUAAAUUAUUAGAAAUUUUUAUGAAUCAAUCUUCGCUCGUUGAAUUUCAAGCUCGGCUUGAUUUAUUGUUAACAUUCCAUUCUCAUGUAUUUCAUUUAGAUCAAAGUGAAGAGAGAAGUGAGUUAUUAGCUAUUUUCUGGAAUAAGUAUAAUUAUUAUCACAGAUUUUCAGAUGAUGUGAGCAAAAAAAUAAACCAAUUGAAGACAACUGUUGGUAAAGAUGUAAAAGAUCAAGUAACUAUUGCUAAUCGGACUAAAAUCGAUCGUUGGACUGUAGAAGAGUUAGUGAAAAAAGUUCAUAGAAAAUUACUGGAUUGUAUUAAAAAAUACGAAACUGGAUUGAAGGAAAGUGUUGGAGCAUGUCUAGCAAUUAGAUCAUCAAAUUACUCGUCUGAAGCCGAUAAAGGUGAGUGGGAUCGUUCGAAAAUACGUGACUAUUCAAUCAAUCCCGAAGACUUUAUAGUAUCUGAAAAUAAUAUUAGUGAAAAAUAUUCACUGCCAUCUAAAGGCUUACGGGCAGACACAAUUAAGCACUUCAAUGAAGUUAAAGAACGCUGCCGAAGAACGAUUUUAUCAUCAAUUUAUCCUGGAUUACGUGUUGAACUCGAAGAGCAUAUAGAAGCUCUUAUCGGUAAUGCGAUUAGAUUAAAAAACAUGGAAGUGAAUCGUGAAUUGCCAAAAGAAAAACAAAAAUCUCACGCAAAGAGUAUCCUUCAGACUAAGAAAUUAGAGCUUAAACUUUACUUUGAUACCCUCAAAAGCUUUGGAUUGUCUGACAAUAAAGGUAAUAGUGAUUGGAAAAAUAAACCUCAUGAAGUUUUAGAUAUGACUGUUCCACCGUUAGAUAUACAAAGUACUCUCGAGAGAUUUGAAAGUUCUACUGAAUCUGAUAAACAAAUGUUGGCUCAUUGGAAUGGCAGUGAGAACUAUUAUUACAAGUCGUGUAUUAAAUUGAAUGCCUUGAUAAGCACACUUACUAAAAUUCAAACAGAUUUGGGUCCAGGGAAUAUGGAACGAUGCAAAGGAUAUUCAGUUGACAUCAUAACUAAAGCGCACAAACAGAAAAGAAUUCUCAGUAAAUCGAUAAAUAUUUAUGCAACAUUGAGGCAGCAAGUGUCUAAUUUAAUUAACGUUAAUACUGGUAAUAAAAAAACAAGUCUUCCGUAUCAUCAAGAUAUAGCUGAGUGUGCUACGGAAUUAAAUGAGUUAUUAGCGAGCUUAUUAAUUGGACUGGAACAGAUUGAGCUAUAUAUCCAAGCUUGCCCUCGAGAUCUUGUAACAGAUGAUCGAGUAAUUAUCUUAGAAUCAUCCGAUCUUCCGCUAAUUAAUGCGACGAAAGGCGAUCAAACUUGGGAAUCUGCGAACAUUUUAAUUAGAGACGCUAUUAAAUCUAUCGGUGAUGUAUCUACAGUUCACAAUAAAAUGUUUUCAAGUACGCCUACGGUUACUCUAAUAAGAACUCAUGGUCAUUUUGAUUCGUUGAAAAACAGUUGCAAAAGUGUUGAAAAAAUUAGUGAAGUUAUUACGACACUUGGAAAUAUGUUUGGUAAUGAACAAAUAAAGUAUCAUCCACUUUUAGAGACUAUUGAAUUUCUCACGAAGCAAUCUAAACGGUGGAUUAAUAAAUUUAAUGAUAUAAAAACAUUUGACAGUGACCUGACGAUUAAAAAUGACUCAGUCAUCCAAGAUGUAAAGACUAAAAUAAAGUAUCUUGUUGCAAUUAUUUUGCACGUGGUAAAAAAGAAUGAAGAAGCAUCGCAAAGUGAUUCAUCAUCUAAUGAGUUAACUCACCAAGAUAAAAAGAACAUUGAUGAUGAAAACAAAGAAGAAGGAGAAGAAGAAGAAGAAGAAGAAGAAGAACAGUCACUUUUAGAAAAUAACGGAUUCCGUGAACAAUUGAUAGAGUCUCUUGAAAAGGAUAUUAAAAGUUUAGAAAUUGAAAAAGUUAAUAAAGAGCUUGAAAAUAUUAUUGCCGUAGCCCAAGAAUUAAAUCCAGAAUAUAUUUCAUAUUAUAAUUCAUUGCUAUUAACAUGUUUGCCAUUAUUAAAUCAAUAUAUACUGUUUACACAUUUUUAUUUGACGGAACAAGUUGCAGCUUUUCGAGUUACGUGUAAACUUUUAUACUUACAAUUGAAUGUAUUUUUAGAUUUAGCAACAAAUGGAUUCUGUAUGCCUAAAGAUUUAGAUUUAGAAAAUGAAGCCGAUGCAAAUGGCGCUGACGAGGGCCAAUGUAAAGAUGGUAUGGGAUUGGGUGACGGUGAGGGUAAAAAAGAUGUUUCUGAUAAAAUAGAAUCAGAGGAUCAGUUAGAAGAAGCAAGACCGGCUGGUGAAGAGAAGAAUGAAGAAGACAAAGAUUGUAAGGAAGAAGAUAACGGCAUUGAUAUGAGUGAAAAUUUCGAUGGUAAAUUGCAGGAUUUGGAAAAAAAUGAAAAUGAUGAAGAAGAUGAGGGGGAGGAAAAUGAUGACAAUGAUUUGGAGAAAGAAAUGGGUGAUACGGAAACAGGAGCUGAUCAAAUGACUGAAGAUAUUUGGGGUGAUGAUACUGAUCAGUCAGAUACUGAAGAUCAGUCUGAAGAUACUAAUGAACAGGGAAAAGGAGAACAAACUGAUGAAAAAGAAUUCGGUGCACGAGAUGACACUAAGCAUCAAGGAGAAGAUAAAUUAGACAAGAAUGCCGAAGAAGAAAAAGAAGAAAAGGAUAAACCAGAAAUAAACGAGAUGAAUGAACCUGAUAUUAAUGACGAUCAAAUAGAUCCAUAUCAUGGGAAACAUAAUCCUCAGCCUGAACCAGAGCCAAUGGAUUUGCCAGAUGAUUUAAAUUUAGAUGGUGAAGAUGAGGAUAAAGAUAAUGUUGAAAAUGAAGAAAAUCCAUUUGAUAUUGACGCGAUGAAAGAAAGUAUACCGCCUGAAAAUAAAGAUACUGAUGCUGCUGAUCAGGAGAAAAGAACUGACGCUGAUGAAAAUCAGGGUGACGAUAGUAGUGAUGAAGAAGGAGGUCCAACGGUUGAGGAUACUGAAAUGAAAGAUUUGGAUGGUGCUGAUCCUGAAGUACCCGAAACUUCUGAUCAACAAGUUCCUGAUAAAGGAGACGAAAAAAUGGAAGAUGAUAAUCCAGACAAAGAAACUGAAGAAGAAAAAGGUGAAAGAGCUGUACCUAGUACAGAUGAUGGCAGUAAAGAAACUGAUACCGCUGAUCAGCUUGAAAAUAAAGUUGAAGGUUCGCGUGAUAAAGCUGCUAAUGAUCAAAAUUUGGAGAGUCAAAAAGAUACAGCCCCUGUGGAAGAAAACAGUCAAGAUGAUGGCAAUGACAAAGGAACUGGUCAAGCGCAAUCUAAUCAACAAAAUGAUGGACACUUUGGUGGUAUUGCUGAGAAAAAUACAACUGUUGAAAAACGGCAAGAAGAACAAAAUCUUAGAGAAAAAAGAAAGAAUCCCGGAGAAAGUGAUGAAAAUCGCGCUUUGAUUGAUAAAGCACAGCCCAAUAAAAAGAAACAGAGAAUUAUUAAUACUCGAGAGGAAUUGGAAAAUGACAAUGAUGAUGCUGAAGGUGCAGAAAAUGAAGAAAACGGUGGUAUAGAUAUGUGUCAACACGUGAAAAAUACUGAAAAAUUCGAUGACUAUGCAACCGAUGCCGCUACUGAAGAACAAGCCAAGAAGCAAACAAUUGCAGAUGAAGAAGAAGAACCAGAUGCGCGUAAAGAAGAAUCGAUGGACGUUGAUAUGCAAGAAGAUAAGGAAGAAGUAAUUGAAGAAGAUGUAAAAAAAAUUGACGCUGAGCCUACUUCAAAGACUGACAAAGACAAAACUAAAUCUGAUUCGAAGAAUAAUAGAGAAGAUAUCUCUAACGCCGAAAGUAAACUGGAUGUUGAAGGUGAUAUUGUGCCCACGAUUACAGUACCACAAGCAAUAGAAUCAGCUUUCUAUACAAAUCUUAAAGAAGAUAAUUUUAUUGAUUUAACGCAAGAAGACGAAAUUAUACAGAAAAAGACUAUUAAACGUUGGAUUCAUAAACCAUCUUCUGAGGAAGCAUUAGCGACGUGGAAUAGUGUAAGUUCACGAACAGAAACAGCGGCCAGAGAUUUAUCUGAAAAAUUGCGGUUGGUGCUUGAACCUACUCAAGCAACUAGAUUAAAGGGCGAUUACCGAACUGGUAAGAGGAUAAAUAUGCGUAAAAUAAUUCCUUAUAUUGCGAGUCAAUUUAGAAAAGACAAGAUUUGGUUAAGACGAACGAAACCAUCAAAGAGGAAUUAUCAAAUUUUAUUGGCAUUGGAUGACAGCAGUAGUAUGAAAGACAAUUUAUCGCAUGAAUUAACCUUCGAAUCUCUCUCAUUGAUCAGCAAAGCUAUGGAGUAUCUAGAAGUUGGAGAUCUUGGUGUUGUUAGCUUUGGAGAAAGAGUUGAAGUUCUUCAUGCAUUAGGUAAACCGUUUAAUGAAGAAAGUGGAUCGAGACUCAUUGAAGAAAUGAGCUUUGAGCAAAAGAAAACUAAUAUUGGUGAAAUGAUCAAUGCUACUGUUGAUAUGUUUGAAGAACAAGGGGGUUCUACUGAUAGCGCUAAGCUUCUUAUCAUACUGUCAGAUGGACGUAUUAAUGAAAGUGAAGAAAAACUUAAUCUUGCUGUUAGGAGAGCUCAACUCGCUAAUAUCUUCAUAGUUUACAUAAUUAUUGAAACACCGGAAAAGAAACAUUCAGUCUUGGACAUCACCAAAGUUAUAAAGUUAGAAGAUGGGGUAACUUAUAAAUUAUGUUCUUACAUGGAUAGUUUUCCAUUUAAAUUUUACAUGGUACUUCGAAAUAUUAGUUCUCUGCCAGGAAUUUUGAGUGAUGCUUUGAGACAAUGGUUUGAAAUUGUCGGGAAAAUAGAUGCGUAA